AUGCUGCUGGCAAGCAUCAGCAGCAGCAGCAGCGACCAGGGAGGGCCCAGGCCUCCCCGUCUGGCGGUGCGCCUGCCAGGCCCGCUAUCCGACCUGAAGAACGCGGUGCAGCGCCGCGGGAACCCCUCUCCAGGCGGCACCAGCCCGCGGGGGCGCCACCCACGGCACCACGUGCUGCCCAGGCCCGACCUGGGGGCUGCCGGGGCCCAGCUCCAGCGAGCGGCGGCGGUGGCCGGCGGCGUUCUGGUGGCGGCGAUAAGCCAGGCGGCGCAGCGCCUGGCGAGCGCGCGCCCUGGCCGCGGAUCCCAGACCCUGCCCUUCUACCAGAGCUUCAAGCUGCCCUGGAACGCUGGGGCACGCAGCGGCUCGCGCAGGGCCUCGCGCGAGGCGGCCGCACUGGCCAAGGCGCUGUCGGCGCGAGGCCACGAGUACGAGCGCACGCUGGAUGUGCGCGCCGCGGUGCAGUGCUUCGAGGAGGCCUGCAAGCUUGUGCCUGAGUCGGCUGCCUACCUGUCCAUGGCGGCAAAGUGCUGGAGUGACCUGACGUUUUACUACGAUGUGCGCUCCGACCGCGAGCGCCAGCUGGUCAACCUCAAGGCCAUGGAGUAUGCGGAGAAGGCGCGACUGGGCCUCGCCGCUUGCCUGCCUGGGUGGCUGCAGCGCGGGAUGGCGGAGCGCAGCAGCUGCGCCCGGUGCUGUGUUUGCAUCGAGGCACACCCGCAGCUGGUGUAUGGCCACGUAGCCAUGUGCAUCAGCAAGGGCCGCCUGGCGCUGUUCACCGACAACAAGACCAAGGUGCGGCUGGCCAAGGAGGCGCAGCAGUGCGCCUACACCGCCAUUGAGUGCGACCCCGGCAGCGACGUGGCGCACCACCUCAUGGGGCGCUGGCACUACGAGAUGGCGCAGAUCAACGUGGUGCUGCGCACCCUGGUGCGCAUCAUGUAUGGGACGGCGCUGGCCCCGGGCACGCGCCAGGAUGCGCUGGCCUCGUACAGGCGCGCCGCCCAGCUGGCGCCCGGCCGCCUGAUCCACAAGGUGGAGGCAGGGCGCGUGCACUUGGAGCUGGGGCAGGUGCAGGAGGGGGUGGAGCAGCUUGAGGCUGCGCUGGUCUGUGAUGUGGAAGACAUUAAUGCAUGGCACACGCGCAUGGAUGCCGAGAAGCUGCUGGCCCAGGUCCGGCGCCAGCCCUGGCAGCAGCCCAGCCUGGUGCCGCCGCACGCGCAGCAGGCGGAGCGUGGCGCGGCUGCCAGCGGCGGCGCCGCUCCAGCCGCCUCCAUCUCCACCGCGGCGCUUCUCAGCGGCCACCGCCAGCCAGAGAUUGUGCAGGACGCGCUGCUGUCGGCUGGCGCCAUCCCGCCCCCAGCGGCAGCAGCAUAA